CGGGCGCAUUACCGGCCUGACGUUGGCUGCGUUUUACGGCUCGACGUCGUUUGAAAGCGACGGUUGUUUACACGAUGGCGUCCGGCGGUGAAAACGCGACCGAGGAACGGACGGAAGCGUCGACGCCAACUCAACCCAUCGCCAAUGCCGCGGCCGACACGACACACAAGACAAUAGGAAUGGAUAAGGAUGGUGAUCUGUCUGGUAUACCACCAAAGAAGUCUCGGGUCGAAGUGCAAUCUCUUCCAACCAGACAGUAUCUGGAUCAGACGGUGGUGCCGAUACUGCUGCAGGCGUUGUCCUGCCUAGCGAAGGAGAGACCUGCCGAUCCCAUAAGCUUCCUCGCCGGCUACUUGCUCAGGAACAAGAGCCAGUACGACAACGGUGGCUCGCCACCGACUAAUCAGUGAACGCUUCCAUGUCUACGCGCGUACAGACACCUAAGAACGUUACUUUGUAAGAACCAUUAUUUGAUUCUGCAAAGACAUGUUCACGCAUACCGUGAACUUUUGUAUUUUUCAACUACAAAUAAAAAUGUAGAAUCUUUUGACCGUAGGGACGGUAGUGUCCCUUUCACAGGAUGGUAUUGCCAGGUGAUGUGUUGCAAAAUACAAUUCUGCGUUUUACUAAAUAUUGUCAUUAUUGGAAAUAAAUAUUGUUUUCUGUAAUAUA